AUGCUCAACAUUCCACCUAAUGCUAAAUGGACACAGAAUGGAAUAACUGUAGCUGGAGGAAAUGGAUAUGGCAAUGGAAUUAAUCAACUCUCAAACCUAGGCGGUUUGUAUGUUGAUGAUGAUGAAACGGUAUAUGUCGCUGAUUACUCAAAUCAUCGUAUUAUGCAAUGGAAAUCGAAAGCGGCGAGUGGCCAAAUGGUUGCCGGUGGAAAUGGGGCUCAUCAAUUAUCGAAUCCAUCUGAUGUGAUUGUCGACAAAGAAACAGAUAGUCUUAUCAUGUGCGAUCGUUCGAAUGCAAGAGUGAUUCGAUGGCCUCGUCAAGAUGGGACAAGUGGAGAAACAAUCAUCUCCAACAUCAAUUGUUGGGGUUUAACAAUGGACGACAAUGAAUCACUCUAUGUCGUUGACCGUGAAAACAAUGAAGUGAGACGUUAUCGACGAGGAGAAUCUCAUGGAACAGUGGUUGCAGGUGGAAAUGGAAGUGGAGAUCGUCUCGAUCAACUCUCUACCCCACAAUACGUAUUCGUCGAUCAAGAUUAUUCAGUGUACGUGUCUGAUCAGGAAAAUCAUCGUGUAAUGAAAUGGGUGGAAGGUGCAAAACAAGGUUUUGUCGUGGCUGGUGGUCAUGGACAAGGAAAUAGUGUUACACAAUUGUUUUAUCCUCAAGGAGUCGUUGUCGAUCAGUAUGGCUUCGUCUAUGUGGCUGACUACGGGAAUCAUCGAAUCAUGCGUUGGCCCAUAGGAGACAGACAGGGAAGUGUCAUUAUUGGUGGAAACGGUGCCGGAGAACAAUCGAACCAACUUAAUAGGCCCAGCGGUUUGUCAUUCGAUCGACACGGUAAUCUCUAUGUCGUCGAUAACGGAAAUAAUCGAGUACAAAAAUUCAAUAUCGAUCGGAAUGCUUGAAAAGUAACUAGUUUCGUGUGAAAUUUUGUUUUCGCAAUUAACUAAUUAUUGAAUUAAUUAAUUAAUUAAUUUGUAAUGAUGAAUAUUUAAAAUAAAGAAAGAAACUGAAAUAAAAGCUAUUAUACAGCACAUAGAAUGGGACAUUUGUAAAAACAAAUGGAAGGCUUGAAAUACAUAGGAAAGCUUAAAUAAUAAUUAAAUAAUAAAAAAAACAGGCCGGGAGAAUUAUUGCCCUGAGACGAACUCGAAAGACUUGGAAGCAUUCAAAAUACCUGGGAAAGCUUGAAAUAAAUUCAUUCUAUAGAUGACUUACAAACUGCUCUAAAUCAGUGAAAAUGCUUGAUAUAACUUGGGAUCGUAGAAUUCUAUAGUAUUCCAAUGAUUGCUGAGUAUUUUGGUUGUCCACAAAUCCUUGGAUUCCUAUACCUAAUGUAAAAACCUUCAAAAUAAUAAAUGAUAGGAAAUGCUGGCAAUACUUUCCAGUUUGAAUUUCCUAAUGUCUUUUCAUACAUCCUAACAACUUGGACUCCUUGAGGGAUUCAUAUUUCUGAAGCACCCAAAUACUCACAGAUACGCAGCAAUUCACUAAGUUUUCAGAUUUCGUUGUCUGAACCAAAAUCUUGAAAUGAAUGCAUGCACUGAAAUCCUUGGAAGUCUUCGUUUUCUUAGCUACCUGACUGUCUACGAGCAUGUCAAAUACCGGGUGACAGUUGGAUUUCUAGAAAUCCAUGGUUCCCUACGGAGAGGUAAUGUUCACAAAUGCCUAUGAAUGCUCUGACUUUUUGGAUAUCAUGGUUCACAAAGCAUGCCUAAUAAUCCCAAAUGCCUUCCAAAGUUAGGAAUCCUUGAAUUUCAGAGAUUGCUAAGUAAGCCGGUCACUGAAAAAUGACUGAAAAAGCUUGAGAAUCCUUCGAUUGUAUAUGGUGUUUGGAGUAUGCCAAGCAAUUACAAAUGCCCUGCAAAGCUUGAAGUCCUUGAAUUUCAUGUGUUCAUAACCUUGUCAGAGAUUUUUCAAUCGCUGGGCACGCUUGGGUAUGUAGAAUUUGGUGAGUUUCUACGUAGCAUGCCUCAGAGUCUCACAUGCCUGGAAAUGCGUUGCAUUCUUGGGUUUCAUGCUUCCCCGAGUAUGCGUUAUAUGUUUUUAACGAUGCGAAUGCUUGGGAUUCUUGCACUCUAUAGCUUCAUAAGUAAUGCUUGGUGCUGAGAAGUGACUGUGAAUCCUCCGAUUUUAUGCUUUACUAAGCAUAUGUGACAUCCAUAAACGUAUAGCGAUGCCUAUAAUUCUUGAAUAUUGUGCUUUUAAAAGUAUGACUGGCACUCCCUAUCAUCUGAAAAAGCUUGGAAUUCUUUGAUUUCUUACUUACAUGACGGUCUAUUAGCAAGCUAAAUGACUGAUGACCGUUGGAUUUCUGGAAAUUGAUGGUUUCUAUGUAAAUGUAACUGUAACCAGCGUCUAGAACUACUUCGAACUCUAGAAGUUCAUAGUAUCCUAAGUAUGAUAGACAUUCCAUAACCACUAAUAUGCUUGAAACGGUUGAAUUCCAUGGCAUCGUCAGCAUGUCUCACACUGUGUAACUCCCAGAAAAUCCUUGGACUCGGUCGAUUUCAUAGUUACCUGACCAUUUCUGUGUAUCUAAAUGUGUGGCAAUGCUUAGGCUUCUUUGAGUUCAUGAUUUUCUCCGUAAGCCUCACAUUCUCCAAUGCCGUAGAAUGCUUGGAAUUCGUCGUUUUCAUAGUCUGAUAGUUAUCAGUCAUACUCACAAAUGUCUUGCUGGCCUUGGAUUUCUCAGUUACGAAUCGCAACUUGUGAUGUUGUCUUGAUAUUUGUUGAUUUUUGUCACUCUCCCAAGACACUGUGAAGUACAGUGCUGAACACAAAUGACUUUGUAAAUAUUUCUCGAUAUAUUAUCGUACGAUUUUCGGUGUGGGUGUGGGCGUGGGGUUGAGGUGUGCGUGUGGGGGCUGGGGUGUGGGUGUGGGUGUGGGUGUGGGUGGGUGUAGGUGUGGGAAUGAACAAUAGAUGACACCCACACCCUAAGUAUUUUUCUUUGCUUUUUUGUUUGUUUUUCGAGAUAACUAUAAAAAAGAUUCUUGAUUACUGUUCAAAGGGUAUUCAAGAAUAAAAAUAAAUACGAGAUUUUUCUUCAAAGUUCUGAUAUUUCAUACGUAAUCAUGUAUUCCAAAUUCAUCCAAAUGAUUCCGGUUCAAGUACUAUCAAUCUAUGGGUGAUAUGAAGUGAACCAAAGUUGGCGCUAUCCAAACUUGAGUCCAAAAUCCAUAUUUUACCAUUUUUACCAUAUACCACAGAAAGUCAUCGAUGCACACCAAUAAUGUAUAUAAUUGUUAAACAAGUCUUUAUUAAUUAUUUAGCACUCAUCUUAGUUACUACUAAUUAUGUGAGUACUUCUCUAAUUAGAGCUAAUUAGUCUAGUAGUAAUUACAGUAAACACCUUCCUAUAUUCUUGAGGUACCUUUAGGUCCUUAAGUCCUAUACUCCAGAGGUACCUUUAUGCCUUCAAGUCCUAUAUUCCAGAGGUACCUUUAGGU